AGCGAUGGACGACGGACAAUAUUAUGUGGGUAUCUCGAAACCAGCUUCUUGCUUGCGGUAAUAUUCACAAGGAAUCCUAGGCCCGGACCAGACGAAAAGACGAGGGUAUGGAACGAUCCGAGCUCACAACACGACACGAUACUGGAUUCAACUGAACUGGACGGGUGCAAUUGGACCAGUGACGUGGAUUGCGCAAACAGACGUGAACCAGUGGUUGGAAGCGCCAUUGUAACAAGUCUGCAGCUAGCGGCCCUGGGAUAUUACCAUGCUGCAACAGGGGCUUCCCCUGCAGGCCUCGACGCGCGCAAGAUGGGACCGU